UGUGUGUGUGUGUGGACACAGUGGGGGUCAUGCCAACAUGGGAGGAGACGGACCGUCAAGUGGACAGCUCUGGAGCUCGCCCGCCCACCGCGCGCGCCACUCCACACCGGGAGCAGCGCGAGAGGGUUGAUGCCACGGACUGACGAGAAAAGGAAAGAAAAAAUCUAUCAAGACAGGAGGCGUUUGGUGAUGAGUGACAAUUAAACUGAUGAGAGUUAACGGAGGAGGGCACAACAACAGAGAGAGAGAAGCGGAAACCCGUCCGAGAGAAGGAGUCAAGUGGAGUCGAUGAAAAACAAACAACAACAACAACAACCAAACACGGAGGCAGCCAGCGACGGACUCCGGAGUGGAAAGGGUUGUGGGAGCGCGCGGACACCGCUGGAGCUCUCUGCCGCUCAGAUGUGUGACGGUAAACACUCUGAUCAAACAGCGCUUAACAACCUGCCCAAAACUGAUAACAGAGAAGGGGGAGGAAGAGAGGAUCAGAGAGGAGAAGCGAGGAAGGAAAAGGGGCACCAGGAAAGAGCUCCUUGCAUGGACAUUUCCCCUGACUCGUACGACUGAGUGAUCCAUAAGUGACCCGUUUUUGCCGUCCAGUCUCUCUGCAGUGAUGGAUUCACCCACAGGUCUUUUUGAUGAUUCAUCCCCCCAGAUCCAUCCUUUUUCUGCCAUUCUGUCCUCCUCAGACCUCCCUGUUGGUCACCCUGCUCCUGCCUUUAGACCUCCAGGGUUCCCCCUCAUCCACCAUCUCCUCCAGCCAGCUGGAGUUUCAAGGAGGAUUGGAGGAAUCCUAACAGCAAACCUGAACGCGCACAGACACCUAGAAGACGGCAGUAUAGGGGACGGAGACAGGGUGACCGCUGGACAAGUAGAGCAAGAGAUAGAAGGAGAAGAGGAGGGAGCGAUGGAGGGAGAGGACAACCUGUCGGAGGUGAAGAAGAGGCACAGUGAUGCUGCGCUCAUGGCUGAGUGGAGGCAAGAUGUCCUGAAAGUGAAGAGGAUGAAGCUGGAGUGCCAACAGAGGGAGAAAGAGGCGGAGGUGGGAAGCAAGAAGCGUGAGGGGAGGAGAAGAGAGCGAGAGGAACUGAAGGAGCAGCUGGAGGAGGCCAGGGAGAGACUGCAGGCCCUGCAGGAGAAAGUGUGGAGGGCUUUUGGUGAAAAGCACUUGGUAGAGAAGGAGGAGAUGAAACGCAAGCUCCGAAAUGGAAGUGAUGAAGGUGGAGGAGAGGAGGGAAUGAUGGAGGAGGACAUCACUGGAGAGAUGUACAACGAGGAGGAUGUGGACGGGGGAGAGAUGGAGAAGGAAUCUUUCUGCCUUCUCUCUGCUUCCCCUUUCGAUAACUUCCACAAACAAAAAGAAGAGUCGCAAAAAGAACGAGAAGGGAGGACGGAGCGCAGAAAAGGAGGAGAGUUGGCCGGUGUGAUGGAGGGAUCAGGCUUGUGGUUGGACUGUGGCGGGCUGAGAGGAGACUGGCUUGGAGGGAUUGAAGAUGAGGGUGAAGAAGGAGGACAGAAGUUUGCUCAGGCGCUAAAGCUGGAGUUGGGCAGCGCUGUAGCUCGGGUCAUUGACAGAGUUCUUCGUCUUUACACGGAGAUGACGGACAUCGCUCCUUCCUCUCCUCCACCCGCUAUCUCCUUUGACCCGCCGGAUCCGGGACAAGGAGGGAAGGAAAGUGGAGGCUGGAUGGGACUUCUGUCGAGGGGAAGAGGAGAGGAAACACUCAGAGGAAAGGCGGAUGGAGAAAGGGAAAAACAGAUUCAGAAGCUGAGCAACGGGGACGGCCUUCCUCCUCAUCGCUCUGAGCCAUCCGAUCUGGCAACGCCCUUGGUUGUUCACAGACCACCUGACACACGCAAGGCCUACCCCUUCCUCGGACCUCCUCUCUCAACUGAUCUAAACCCCUCUCACCCAAACAUCCCCCUUUCUCAUCCCUCCUUACCUCGUGCUCCUACUCUUCCUCACCCUCCUCUUUUACCUCCUGUUCAAUCCAAAGAUCCCUCCUCUGCUGCCUUCCACCUGUCUUCAUCCUCCUCCUCUUUUUCAUCCUCCUUCCCUGCGCCACCCCCACCCCCACCUCUCCCCCUCCCUUUGCUCCACUACUCCAUGCAGCAACUUUUCUCCCGCUCACUUCACCCUCAGCUAUCACACCUCGUCCCACCUCGUAAGGACUAUCUAGGUUCUGACCCAUUCCUGGAGUUCUCGUCUCACCCCUCCUUCCCUCCGAUCCCUUUGCUGGGGCGCCUGGAGCCUUCGCUGGCACGCCAAGGAGGACGAGACAGGGACAGGGGGGUGAGAGGAGAUGGGGGAAUGAGAGGAGGCGGAGGAAUUGAUGGAGGGGAGCUCUACCUGUCUGCUGGGGGGACUCAGGAGGGCUUGUCUCCCUGCCAUCUGAAGAAAGCCAAGCUGAUGUUCUUCUACACGCGCUACCCUAGCUCCAACACACUCAAGACAUACUUCCCUGACGUGAAG